CCUUCGCGCUUUUUCUAUUACCUUUACGACUUUUUCCACUUCAAAAUACUUCAGAGUUUCUCAUCGGCGUUCGAAGCCACUAUUCUCGCAUAUGACUACCGAACUUAUCGAGCAUCAAUUUCUUCGUGGGCUGGCACUCCUUGCGGCUUUAUACAUGUCUUCUGCCUAUCACCACGCAAAUAUAUUCACUGCCGCCUUGCCUGUCUUGACAGUCGAACAAGUCUCGUUUAUCGCAUUGUCAUUGUUGUCCUCAUACGCGCUCAGGCUUCGCAUCCCUGAAAACAGCAUACAUCCACCGCCCUACACCUGAAAUCUCUCGCCGAACAUUUAGAUAUA